GUCUCUCUAGAGUCUCUCUAGAAAGACCUCCGCCCCCCCCCUCUUCCCCCUCCCCUCCCCUAACGUUGGAGUUGGAAAGCGGGAGCGGGAGCGAGCAAGGCGCAAUCCAACAUGGCAGACUGCCGAAAAGCAAGAGCAAGAUAUUGUUAUUAUUAUCGUGUGUUCGAUUAUCUUCGGCGCUGAUUGAUUCCGAGGCUGUCGGCGGUUCACUCCGCGCUGGAGACUGGCCUCCGAGGAACGUCUUGCAGACUGACCGUCACGGUGGGGGCACGACGAGCCCCUUGCGUCGUGCGAUGCGAGCGCUGUCAUCGAGGAAACGUAAACACAUUUGAGGUCUAUUAUGUCUGCACCGUCACUGAAGCCCCUUGUCAAGGGGAAAUGUUUGCAGGACCUUAAAGAACAUUAUGACAAAGAGUUCCCCAACAAAAACAUAGUAUCAUUAUGUAAAUCUGCACCCAAAUUAUUUGAAGCUGCUAAAAUUGCUGAUAAGAAAGGAAACCAAGAAGAAAGUUAUAUUUUAUUUAUGAGAUAUCUCAACAUAACAAGUUAUGUGCAAAAAUCUAAUGAUUAUAAAUUGAAGAAACCACAUGUUGAGCUUUCAAAAAGUGCUCUGAAUUAUGCCAUUACAUCUGCUGAGAGAUUAAACAAGAGUUUGGAGGAAAGAUAUCAGCAACUAAAAAAUAAUGAAAAUGCAGCACUAGAGAGAAGCAAAGUGAAGGUAGAAACUUCUAAAGAGGAACCUUCUAUCAUUGAAAAUGUUCCUGCCCCAACUGCUCCUGAAAUAAAUGGUGAAAAUAACAGCAUGUCAACCAGGGAAUUAUUUAAAAUUUUACAAGAAAACCCUUCUGAUGCCCUCAUCAUGGAUGUGAGACCCCGCAAUCAAUUUUCUGAUUCUCAUAUAAAUUUUGAGUGCUGCAUCAGUAUUCCAGAGGAGAUAAUUCAAGCAGGGUCCAGUGCAGCAAAGCUUGCUGAAAAACUUCCUCCACCAUCAAAAUUGAAGUGGAGCAACCGAACACAAGUUAAAUAUCUAGUCUUAAUGGACUGGUACUCAAGUAGCUCUAAACUCAAAGAUGACUCGCCCAUUCACCGCCUGCAAACGAUAAUUCUUAAGUGGGAUCCAUCUGUUACAUACUGCAGCAAGCCACUUAUUCUUGAAGGUGGAUUUGAGGAGUGGCACAGCUGUUAUCCAAUGUACUGUACAAAUGCCAAUCCACAACUUCCCAUCCAGCCUUUGGAUGACCUUCUGGACAUCGAUGAUGUCAACUAUCCAGACAUUGACGAUACACCAAAGUUUUCCAGAGAAACUAAACCUGUUCUAAAGCAAAAUAUCAUAAUAACAGAUGAUACAAGCAAAGAGAAGGUGUAUGAUAUUAAUAAAAAUGAAGAAUUAUCUGCAAACCGUUAUGUGUCUCCUGGGGAUGAGAAAAAGGUUCCUUCCACUCAAAAGACAACUUCUCUUAUCUCUAAAGAGCCAAGUACAUCCUCUAUUAAUUCUCAUGUACCCAAUAUUGACCGCAGUAGCAAGACAGCUGCUGUGCAAAAGUAUAAAGAACUGGAAGAUAAGAGAUUGAUAGGCGUUCAGCUUGCUCAAAAUUUGGUUCGAGACAGGGAGGCUGCUGAAAGUGAAUUAAUGAAACUCAGACAGCAGCAAGGUAGGAACGAAUUGUCUGACAAGGAACGACAAACACUGUAUGAAAAUGAGAAGAAUUUGAAAGAACACAUUCAAGAACUAAUAAGUUCACAGAUAAGAAAGGAUGAAGAGAAUGAGGCUCUAAGAAAAGAACUUGAAGAGUACAAGAGACGUGAAAAUAGCACAACUCAAGUACAUGAGGUGUCAAAACCACCCAUUGUGCCUGCUCGUCCUGGAGAAAUCAAAAGCUUCAAUGAAAGUGAAAAGCCAAAUGUAGUCAAACACAGGUUAGCCCCAGGCACUCCUACCGGUGCAACAAACACUGACCUGUCAAUGCCUUCAGCCAACUCAGGUCUGAAGAGGUCACGAUCAUCUCCAAAUAUAGCUCAGUUAAUUCAUGAACCCGAGCCAAAACCUCUACCUCAGUUUGAUCGCAACACCAAACCAUUAAUUCAAAGACCUCCAAAUCAAGAAUUUAUGAACCGCAAUAGAAAUUUCCAUGAAGUUUAUGGAACUGUUAAACCAGGUUUAACAGGUCUGAAGAACCUUGGUAAUUCAUGUUAUAUGAAUUCCAUUUUGCAAUGCAUCAGCAAUAUAAAUGUCCUCAACAACUAUUUUUCUAGUUUAAAGUAUAAAGAUGAUAUUAACAGGAGCCCACAUAAUCCAACCCGUGGUGAAGUUGCCGAAGAAGUGGGCCAAGUUAUUCGCCACCUCUGGUUAGGUCAAUAUCGAUCAAUUGCUUGUCGAGAUCUUAAGGCUGUUGUUGGAAAGUACAUGGACCAAUUCCGAGGGUCAGGACAACAAGAUGCUCAUGAAUUCCUAACAUUCCUAAUGGACUGGCUGCACAAUGAUCUCAAAAUACAGAAAGAGGAACUUGGGAAGGAGCUUUCCGUGAGUAAGAAAAAUGCUGAUGUUGAUGCCAUUACUGGGGCAAUAAAUGCAUGGAACAUCUUUCGAAGCAAGCAUGAGUCUUUUAUGCUCACUGGUUUCUUUAUUCAACAAGUUUCAACUGUCCAGUGUUGCUCAUGUUCUGCCAAGUCAAUGAAUUACGAAGAGCCCACAUCUAACCUUACACUAUUAUUGCCAAGUGCUGCAAGAUGCACCCUUUCGGACUGCCUUCGGUUAUAUACGAGUAAAGAAAGAAUUGCAGGAUAUAAAUGUGAAUCAUGUCACGGUCUCCAUGAUGCGGAGAAGUCAGUUGAUUUAUGCAGGCUGCCGCCAACUCUUAUCAUUCAUUUGAAAAGGUUUUAUUCUGAUGGGUUCUAUCAAAAACGUCAGACGUUUGUUGAUUUUCCCUUGGAGAAUUUAGACAUGAAGAUAUAUACCCCCAACAGGCAUCAGUCUCACACAGUUUAUGAUCUCUGUGGAGUCUCAAACCAUUACGGUACUCUAGAAGGAGGACACUAUACAGCAUAUUGCAAAAAUGGAAAUAAAUGGUACAAGUAUGACGACCAAGAUGUUAGUGAAAUUUCAAGAGAAGAUGUUCGAUCAGCUAAUGCCUAUAUUCUAUUCUAUGCUGCUGUGAGGUAAAGUGACUGUGUAUUGUUUAGCUAAUUUGUUGAAUAUCUACUUGAGUCUUGUGGAAGAGUAAGAACGUCUUCAUAUUUAGUUUAUCUCUAAAUAUCUGAAUUAAGUUCAAGUCUGUAAUUUUAGGAAUUGUACUAUUUAUCAUGCCAUUCUCAACUGAGAGAAUAGUAUCUGUGUUACAUGCUAAGAAUUCCUUAAGGAGCUGUCUUGCAAUUCUUAAAAGCAAAGACAACCAACUAUGUACAAAGACCGCCUGCUCCUUGUCAGUCUUGCGCCGCUCCCUGGCUGAUUGGAAUGGGAAUCGUGUAAGACAUUGCUGGCUGUCUGGACAUGAGGCUGGCGGCUUAGUACAUAGUUGGUUGUCUAUGUUAAAAGCCUGGCCUUUUAUAGAAAAAAUCAUUUAAAAUAUAAAUUUCAAGAGAUUUUUGUCUGUGAUUGGUGUAGUGUGGAAGUUUCUUCAGUGCUAAUAAUAUUGUUGUAUACAAUUUUAUUUUUUUUAUUAUUAUGAAUUAUUUGUUAAGUUAUAAUAUGCUUUUAUUCCUGUUAUAGUGUGAAACAAUGUGAAUGAACAGUCUUUGGUUCUCUUCUGCUUUUUCUGAUCACAUAAUGACUUUAUUAAUAAACUUUGGACCUUGUCAAUUGUUA